GUAAGGCGCUUGGUAGGGCGGAGCGGGCUGUCAUAUGAUCCGAGUCCCGGAAAAGGAAUCUUGUGUUGUAACGGAACAGAACCAUGGAGUCGGCUUUGGAGCAGCACUUGGAGGACACAAUGAAAAACCCUUCCAUCGUUGGAAUUUUGUGUACAGAUUCACAAGGGCUUAACCUUGGAUGCUGUGGAAGCCUUACAGAUGAAUAUGCUGGAGUGAUAUCAAUACUUCCUCAGCAAGCGGCAAAUCUCACAUCCGACCCCACAGAUGUUCCAGUUGUAUGUCUAGAGUCUGACAGCGGGACAAUUAUGAUUCAGAAGCAUGAUCGAAUAACUGUUGCAGUUCACAAAAUAUCUUAACUAUCAAGAAGAUGAAAAGCAAAACUUGGGAAUCCUAAACAUAUAGAGGAACAAGAUAUUGUUUUGGACUGGAUUAAUCUUCUGCCACCCAGACAGAUCGCUGGACAUUUGCACAAAUUGUUGUCUUCAGCAAUUUACCCGCUUAUCUUAUCAGAAAAACCUUUUUUUAGAUUUGCUUUAUUGUAACAUUUUCCUCAAAAAAGAGCUUAUGCGAUAAUUAUUUGUACUAAUAUGUUGUGCUAUUAAAUCUUUAAUUCAAACA